CACAGCUCAAACUGGAGUGUUAUAUUUGAACAGCACAACUUUGCUCCUGGCUCAUUUUAAAACAGAACACAUCAGGAUGAAGAGGAUGAUUAUUUUCUGCAUGCUUUUCUUCUGCUCUACUAUGGUGCUGACUGAAACUUCACCCAGAACACUAAAAUACAAACAGAUUCUCAAGAAAAUUGAACAGUUAGAAUCUAUGGUGAAAGAAAAGGAUGCUGAGUUGCUGCAUACACCAGAAAACCCUGUGGAAGGAUGCCUGGACACAGCUGUGACCUGCUUCCAGAAGGGCCUCCAGAAAUUACAGCCAGCGAGCAGCCAAGAUAAUCCAAAGUUCACCAAAGCCAUUAGAAUUGUGAACAGAUUCACCUACAAAGACUCUGGAGAGCACUGUGAGUCUACAUGUGAAUCUUAUAAGAAGAAAACCCCCCAAACUUUUUUGAAGAGCUUUAAAAAUCUAAUACAAAUGCUAUACAAGAACUAAUCUAGGACACACCACAGCUGAAGGCUACUGAAAAUCUACUUUUAAAAGCAGACACUAUGUUAUAUUUAAGAUGUGAAAAAUGUAAAUAUUUUCCAUGUUAUUAUGAUGUGUUCUCUGUGUGUGGUAAGUGAAAGCUUCUGCCAAAAUAUUAAGGAGUCUUAUUUGGAUGGGUAUUUGUAAGACAAAUGCUGUUUUGCGCUUGUGAUUCUAGCCCCACCUUACAGGAAAAAUUAAAUUCUAAUUUCACAAAAAAUUGGCUAUUGUAAGGGACUUAACUGCUCCCCUUCUGCUGAACUAGAAAUAUGAGAGAUAGUUACUUCUGUAUUUUUCGUUUGAUCUUAACUGAAUCCCAUGCAGAGAUUCCUGCAGCUUUCAAAAGAAAAUGAACAGAAAAUUAUCAGGGCCUUUGAAGCUUCAGAGGAAUCAGUUUGGACUGAUUUCUUUAUUUACAAUAGUACCACACACAGAACUUUGUUUAUAAGUUCUUAGACUGCAUCUUAGCUAACUAUGGAAAGAAUAUCCUGUAUUUAACUGCCUUCUCAAUACUGGAAAAAACAUUUCCAAAUCAUACUGUAUGGCUGUGAUUAACAUCUUGAAGCUAAUGGCACAUUGCCAUGGGAUUCAGUAAGGAGAGAUGUAACACAUGUGCUCUAAGU